AUGGCCAUCUUCGGAUAUCCUGAGUUUUUCUUGAUUCUGUUAUGCAUAAUUAUCUUUUGUUUCUUCAGAACUAGAAGUUGGCAAAAAAGCUUCUUGCCAACAGAUUGGCCUCUGGUUGGCAUGUUGCCGGGAAUUCUUCGGAACGCGCAUCGAAUCCAUGAUUUUGCGACAGAUUUGCUUGAUGAAUCUGGGGGGACAUUUGAGGUUAAAGGGCCCUGGUUUGGUGAUAUGGACAUGGUGGUCACUUGUGAUCCUGCAAAUAUCCACUAUAUCUUGAGCAAGAAUUUUGCAAACUAUCCAAAAGGCCCUGAAUUCAGAAAAAUAUUUGAUAUUCUGGGAGAUGGGAUUUUCAAUGCUGAUUCUGAACUGUGGGAAUUUCACAGGAGAACAACUUUGUCAAUCAUGAGUAAUGCCAAGUUUCAUAUUUUCUUGGAGAGGGCUGUUUGGUACAAGGUCGAAAAUGGACUUAUCCCGGUGCUCGACUAUUUCGUGGAACGAGGAGUCAAGGUCGAUUUGCAAGACAUUUUGCAGAGGUUCACCUUUGAUAGUAUCUGUAAAUUGGUACUGAAUUAUGAUCCAGGGAGUUUGUCUAUUGAUUUACCUUAUAUUCCAUGCGAGAAGGCGUUCAACGAUGCUGUGGAAGCCUUGUUGCAUAGGCACAUCCUGCCAGAAAGCAUUUGGAAGCUGCAAAAAUGGCUGGGAAUUGGAAAAGAAAAGAAGCUAAUCAAAGCUUGGGAAGCUUUUGAUCAAUUUAUAUAUCCACGUGUUUCACACGAAAAAGUAAUCGGAGAACAAGACGAGGAUUUUAAUUUCUUAACAGCUUUUAGAAAGGCGUGUAAAGAAAAAAAUGUUGCUCCUGGUGAUUCAAUAGACUUUCUAAGGGACGCCUUUUUGAAUUUGAUGUUGGCAGGUAGAGACACCACAAGUACUUCUCUUACUUGGCUACUCUGGCUCGUUUCGACUAACUCGUCUGCAGAAUCCAAGAUACUAGAAGAAAUCGAGAAAAAAUUGCACGCCAAGAAGGAUAAGAAAUGGAGAUUUUUUGAUGUAGAGGAGUCGCGCAAAUUGGUCUACCUCCACGGGGCUAUAUGCGAGUCUCUAAGGCUGUUCCCUCCUGUGGCUUUUGAACACAAAGCUCCACUUCAACAAGAUACUAUCCCAAGUGGACACUGCAUUAAUCAAAAUAAAAAGGUGCUGCUCUCUUUCUAUUCAAUGGGAAGAAUGGAAAAGAUUUGGGGAAAGGAUUGUUUAGAAUUCAAGCCCGAGAGAUGGAUUUCCGAUGAAAGAGGAGGAAUCAAGCACGAACCAUCGUUCAAGUUCCCAGCAUUUAAUGCCGGACCAAGAACCUGUCUAGGAAAAGAAAUGUCUUUUAUUCAGAUGAAAAUGGUUGCAGCCACCAUUUUCUAUAAUUACCAUAUUCAAGUGGUGGAAAACCAUCCAAUUUCUCCUAAUGAUUCUAUUAUAAUUCAGAUGAAACAUGGUCUCAAGGUCAGAAACUUCAAUGCAAAAAGAAAGAGAAGUUCAUUACCUACAAACUGGCCAGUUCUUGGUAUGAUACCAGCACUUAUUGUCAACGCUCACAGAUUCCAUGACUAUCUCACCGAGCUUCUUCAGAUUACUGGCACGUUUUGGUUUAAAGGCCUCUGGUUUACUAACAGUGAGAUAUUGCUGACUAGUGAUCCAGCUAAUGUUCACUAUAUAUUGAGCAAAAAUUUUCCGAACUUCACGAAAGGUCCCGAAUUUAAGAAGAUAUUUGACAUUUUAGGAGAUGGGAUAUUCAAUGCAGAAUCGGAAUCAUGGAAAAACCAAAGGAGAACUGUUAUGUCGUUAAUCAAUCACCACAGGUUCCAAAAGUUCAUUGCUACAAUUAGCCAGAACAAGGUGGAAGAAGGGCUCAUCCCAGUUCUUGAGAAUGCUGCAAAAAUGGGCAAGGAAGUGGAUCUGCAAGAGUUAUUUCAGCGUUUCACCUUUGAUUCUGCUUGCAUUAUGGUUUUAGGCCAUGAUCCAGCUUCAUUGUGCAUUGAUUUGCCACAUUUGCCAUAUGAAAAGGCCUUUGCUGAUGCUGAGGAGGCACUUUUGUAUAGGCAUGUUCUCCCAGAAACUUACUGGAAGCUUGAAAAGUGGCUUCAAAUUGGCAAAGAGAAGAAACUUAGUGAAGCUAAGGAGAUUGUGGAUCAAUUUCUGAUGCAUUGUAUCUCACUGAAGCGCCAGAAAGUAAAAUCCAUGGACCUAAUUGCAGAGCACAAAAAUGAAGAUUUUGCAUUCUUAACAAGUUAUAUGAAAGCAGUUGAAGAAAACGGUGACGCACCUGAUCACAUUUCUGACGAUGUAUGGAAAGACACCAUGUUGAAUUUAAUCUUUGCCGGUAAAGACACAAUAAGUGCAACUCUUACAUGGUUUUUUUGGCUUCUAUCAACCCAUCCGAUUGAAGAAAAAAAGAUUCGAGAAGAAAUCAAGAAGAAUUUACAAGUCAAUGAAAAAGGAAAAUUGAAAUUUUCCAACACGGAAGAAUUAAAGAAACUGGUUUAUCUACAUGGUGCACUGUGUGAAUCAUUACGCCUAUUUCCACCAGUGGCUUUGCAGCACAAAGCUCCAAUAAAGCCAGAUAUUCUUCCAAGUGGACAUCAGAUCAAACCGAAUAUGAAAACUGUUUUAUCCUUCUAUUCAAUGGGAAGAAUGGUAUCCAUAUGGGGGAAAGACUGUCUAGAGUUUAAGCCGGAAAGAUGGAUCGCCGAACAAGGACGUAUCAAGCACGAACCAUCUUUCAAAUUUACAGCAUUUAACGCAGGGCCAAGGAGCUGUUUAGGGAAGGAAAUGACUUUCAUUCAAAUGAAAAUAGUUGCAGCUUCCAUUAUAAGCAGUUUCCAUUUUCAAGUAGUAAAAAGCCAUGCUAUAGCUCCAAGUAACUCUAUUGUGCUUCAUAUGAAACAUGGAAUGAAGGUCACUGUAUCAAAAAUAUUUGAUGAAUCCUAG